AUGGCGGGCGGGGGGGAGGAGGGCGCGGGGCCCGGGGCCGGGCCGGGGGCCGGGGGGGCCCCCUCGCCCCCCGCCGAGGACGGGGAGACGCGGCAGCGCUACGAGGAGCUGUGCGGCUGCCUCAACAUGGACGAGCGCGCGCGCGCCGAGGCCUGGCUCAGCUACCAGAGCAUGAAGCGCAACUACACGCUGGAGGGAAACGAUCUGCACUGGUUGGCGUGUGCCCUGUACGUGGCUUGCAGGAAAGCAGUUCCGACUGUGAGCAGAGGGACAGCUGAGGGGAAUUAUGUAUCUUUGACCAGGAUUUUGCGCUGUUCAGAACAAAGCUUGAUUGAGUUUUUUAACAAGAUGAAAAAGUGGGAAGACAUGGCAAAUCUACCCUCCCAAUUCAGAGAACGAACUGAGAGAUUGGAGAGAAACUUCACAGUUUCUGCAGUCAUUUUUAAGAAGUAUGAGCCCAUUUUCCAGGACAUUUUCAGAUAUCCUCAAGAGGAUCCACCUCGUCAACAGAGAGGAAGGAAACAGAGGCGACAGCCAUGUACUGUGACUGAAGUUUUCCAGUUUUGUUGGGUGCUGUUUGUUCAUGCAAAAGGUAAUUUCCCUAUGAUCAGUGAUGACUUGGUCAAUUCCUACCAUCUCUUGUUAUGUGCUUUGGAUCUAGUGUAUGGAAAUGCUCUCCAGUGUCCUAACCGAAAAGAACUCCUGAAUCCUAAUUUUAAAGGUCUCCCUGAAGACUUUCAUAGUAAGGAUUAUAAAGUAUCAUCUGAUCCUCCCUGCAUCAUUGAAAAACUGUGUUCAUUACAUUAUGGAUUAGUUUUAGAAGCAAAAGGCAUAAAGGAACAUUUUUGGAAGCCAUAUAUUCGUAAACUUUUUGACAAAAAGCUUUUAAAAGGAAAAGAGGAAAAUCUGACUGGAUUUCUAGAUCCUGGGAACUUUGGAGACAGCUUCAAAGCCAUCAACAAAGCCUACGAGGAGUAUGUCUUGUCAGUAGGAAACCUUGACGAGCGAAUCUUCCUUGGGGAGGAUGCGGAUGAAGAAAUUGGAACUCUCACAAGGUGCUUAAAUACAACUUCAGGAACAGAAACAGCUGAAAGAGUGCAAGUGAAGCAUAAUUUGCAGCAGCACUUUGACAAGUCCAAAUCCCUUAGGAUUACAACCCCACUCACUGGCCGCAAGUAUAUCAAAGAGAGCAGCCCCUAUGUGACACCCCUGUCCAUGGCAACCUACAGCCUGAGCCGCCUGCACACCAUGCUGGCAGGGCUGAAAAAUGCCCCCAGUGAAAAUCUGGAGCAAAUACUCAGGGCAUGUUCUAGAGAUCCAUCUCAAGCUAUUGCCAACAGAGUAAAAGACAUGCAUGAGGUGUACUGCCAGAGCCUGCAGGCUGAAGGAGAAUUCAGCAAUUUUUCCAAAGAUGUUGCUAGUAAGCAUUUUCGUCGUGCAGAGGUGCUGUAUUACAAGGUCUUGGAGUCAGUCAUUGAGCAAGAGAGGAGGAGACUGGGGGACAUGGACUUAUCCGCCAUCCUGGAGCAGGACGUGUUCCACCGGUCUCUGCUGGCUUGUUGCCUCGAGAUCAUCACCUUUACCUACAAGCCACCUGGAAACUUCCCAUGCAUCACGGAAAUAUUUGACAUUCCAGUUUAUCACUUUUAUAAGGUAAUUGAGGUUUUCAUCAGAGCAGAGGAUGGCCUUUGUCGGGAAGUAGUGAAGCACCUUAAUCAUAUUGAAGAACAGAUCUUGGAAAGUAUGGCAUGGAAACGGGAAUCCAUACUGUGGGACAGGAUCAAAGAGAAUGAAAACAAAGUUCCCAGUUGUGAAGAGGUGAUGCCACCUCAGUACUAUGAGAGAUCUGCUGGGAACAGUGUUGCAGGUUCUCCAUUGACACCACGACGAAUCAACGAGGUUCGUGCUGAAACUGGAGGACUUGGAAAAGGCCUUUCAUCCUCUCCAACUACCCUGUAUGACAGAUACAGUUCUCCUACAGCCAAUCCAACCAGGAGAAGACUGUUUGCUGAUAAUGAUUCCAGCUCUGACAACGGGACUCCCGUCAGGGUUUCCCAGCAGCCCGUGGUGAACACGGUGCCCGUGCAGAACGUGAACCCCGAGGCCGUGUCCGUGACUCCCGUGCCUGGCCAGACACUGGUCACAGUGGCAACUGCCACUGUCACAGCCAAUAACGGGCAAACUGUCACAAUACCAGUGCAAGGUAUUGCCAAUGAAAAUGGAGGAAUAACUUUCUUCCCAGUCCAAGUAAAUGUAGGAGCCCAGCCUCCAGCUGUCCCUGCUCCCAUCCAGCCGCUCAGUGCCCAGACCCUUGCUGGCACCCUCAACACCCAGAUGACUGGAGCAACCUUGCAGUUACCAGGCCAAUUAACUGUCCAGCAGAUCUCCCCUGGAGAGCAGAGACAAACCCAGCCAUUCCCCACUGCCACGUCCAGCAGGCCCCGGAAGAUGGGCUCACUUGGACUCUUCUUUAGAAAGGUGUAUCAUUUAGCCAGUGUUCGUCUGCGAGAUCUUUGUGUCAAACUCGACAUAUCUGAUGAGCUGCGGAAAAAGAUCUGGACAUGUUUUGAGUAUUCCUUGAUGCACUGCCCUGAAAUCAUGAUGGACAGACAUCUGGAUCAGCUGCUGAUGUGUGCCAUCUAUGUAAUGGCUAAGGUUACUAAGGAAGACAGAUCAUUUCAGAAUAUCAUGCGCUGCUACCGGACACAGCCACAAGCCAAGAGUCAUGUGUACAGGAGUGUCCUGAUCAAAGGCAGGAGGAAACGCCGACCCUCCGGCAGCAGCGACAGCAGCAGCCAGCAGAACUCACCUACAGCCAGGAGUAAAGAGAGAAACAAAGAAAGAAGCAGCAGGGACUCCAGCCCGGUGAUGCGCUCCAGCAGUACCCUGCCCGUGCCGCACCCCGGCAGCGCCCCCCCCACACCCACCCGCCUGACGGGCGCCAACAGCGACACCGAGGAGGAGGAGCGAGGGGACCUGAUACAAUUUUACAACAACAUCUACAUCGAGCAGAUUAAAGACUUUGCCCUCAAGUAUACUUCAAAUGCAGCCGACUCUCCUCCGCUCUCGCCCUACCCCUUUGUGAGGCUUGGCUCCCCACGCCGGAUACAGCUGUCCCAGAAUCACCCAGUCUACAUCUCACCACACAAACAAGAGUCCACUCUCUCUCCUCGAGAGAAAAUAUUCUAUUAUUUCAGCAGCAGCCCAUCAAAGAGGCUAAAGGAAAUUAACAGCAUGGUUAGAACUGGAGAAACUCCAACAAAGAAGAGAAGCAUUCUCCUAGAAGAUGGAACUGAAGCACCAGCUAAGCGGGUCUGUCAGGAGAAUCACACUGCGCUGUUGAGACGACUACAAGAUGUAGCCAAUGACAGAGGCUCUCACUGAGUCCAGUCCUGCACCACAGGUGUUCCUGCCCUGCUGCUCAGCACAGGACAUGGUGUCAUCAAGCCUGUGCAGGUGACCUUCAGCCAGGCUCUCCUCUUCCCACCUCACUGCCCUGGUCACGUCUCCUGCCAGACUGCACUGAGCGUCCGUACUUGUCCGGAAGGGGCAUGAGGAGAAUCCCCCGCAACGCCUGGGCCAGCGAGUAUAACGCUCCAAACCCAGCAACACAACCUCACCCCAUGGUUAAGCUAAUCAUAAGGCAAGUGAUCCCUCUACAGGCUUUGGCAAACAGCUAAAGAGCUUUUCAUUGCCUGCAGAAUGUGUCCCUGAUACAGCUUUCUGCCUUGCAGCAGGAAUUUAUAUCUGUUUGCUCUAACCAGUCCAGUUACGCCAUUUUUAUCAGUGCUUUACUAUUUUCACCUCUGGACUAGAAAGUUGUAUGUGGCUGCACCAAGAGAACUAUAUUCAGUGGUGUCUUGGUUUUUACAGUAAUGACCUCCACAACAAGUAUGAUUUACAAUUAAUAUUCUAGUGAAGUCCAGUUCUGCUCAGAAAGGGAAGAUGGGAGUCAUCUUUUUAAGCCCUGAAGGAAGCUAUCAGAAUGGAUCCUUCUCAUAUUCAGGAUGUUUUGUGUGCCCCUGAAAACCAUCACCUUGUUUUGCUUUAAUGUUUGGGCACAUUGCUGUAUAAAAGUAGGGAAUGUUUAUGCAUUGUUUGUAGCUGUGCAAUGUCUGAAAGUGAACUCAUGUUCAAAAGGUGGCACUUUUGAUAGGGCUGUGAAGCAUCAUUUUUAAGGCCAAUUAGUUUUGCUGUAUAUUUGCAAUGGCACUUUCUAAAUGUGAGUAUUUUUUUUCAAAGGCUGACUUCAGCUGUCCUUCUGUAUUGAAGCAAUUUGACUUUUGUAUUUAUUUUCAAAUUGACAUCCCAUAGCUCCCUGCUUCAGCAAAUGGCAUUAAGAACUUGUUUUCACUUGAUAUAUAUAUAUGCAAUAAUGAGGCAGGAAGUGAGGGAUGUUGAUUGUCAAGGAAUUUUGUAUGCUUGUAAUGUUUCCUCAGAUUGCUCUUCUUGAGAGUCAGGAACCAGCCACCUCACUUAGUAGAAGGAGGGUGGUGUCCAUCUCUUAAAACAUAUAUUGAGCUCUUCUGUUUCUUUUUAAAGGACAGGGUUUGGCGGGUGGGUAGGGAUGUUCUUAUUUUUUAAGUUGACUAAAUCAGGCUGCCUGGGAGAAACCUCUCCCCUGGUAACAGGGUAAGAAAGUGGUGCAUAUAUUAGACUGAAAGUUAUUUUCAUUUAAAAUAGUUCUAAAAUACCAGACUUGUUAGGAAAGCAUUAAACAUACUAACAACAGGUCCAGUACACCAAUGUACUCCUGUUCAGUGCCAUAGCUGGGGACAGGGGUGGUAUUCAUGUAAGAGGCAGCACACUUGGAGUUUAGAAGUUUUUAUAAGGAAGCAAAAGUUAAAAGCUCCAUGUUUUCAGUAAUUCCUGCUCCUCUGAAUAAUGGAAACAUUUAGGACUUAACUUUAAUUGAAUUUACAGUGGAAUUACAAAAAAAAAAGGAUCUUUCAUUCUUACCUGUGUAACAAAAAGGCUGAAGUUGAGAAAUUGUGUAAAAUGUUUCUGUAAAAAUAUUUAUGAACGUGUCAGACAAUUCUUGUUACUCUGUACCAUUUACCUUACUUUGUAUGAAAAUAUUGCAAGUGUAUUUUUCAAUAAAGAAUUUAUAAACUCA